UCAGGGUUUGAGGGUCCCCUUUCGCUGGGUUAAUUUCCCUUAUGGAUAAAAAUUUUACGUUAUGUUUGUAUAUAUGCGUAAUCUAUCACUAAGCCUCUUGAUAGGCCAUAGAGCCCUGCUCAGCGUCUCAGCCCUAACGAGGCCUGUAAGCACUAGGCACUACUUACAUCACAGGGCUCGUCGCGUGGCUCUUUGAUAAAGAGAACAUGCGAAGGAAACGCAGGAUUCAUAAACAUCCACUCCGCCCGAGUAGGAUCGCAAUGUGUCAGCAGAAUCCCGAUAUCCGAUACAUUGGCUGUCUAGAGUUGUCAGUCUUCUAGGCGUAAGGACUUUACCCGAAUCUCUUCUAAUCCAUCAUCAUUGUCAUCAUCAAUACCUUCGUUUCUUGUGUUUAUUAUCAGCUAUCUAUGGUGUUGGCGUCAUCACCCGAUGGGUAGGGCUGAAAUUCACAGGCCACCUCGAUAUGACUUACAUACCGGCAAUUAUCGAGCGUGCAUCACCUACAGGGUCUUUUGAUGGAACGCCACCGGACCACUUACCGGCCGAAAAUGGCGUACACGUUUGGCGCGCGGCGGUCGCCAUGCCUUUUAUCACAUUUUUCUUCGUGUCAUUACGCUUCUAUACGCGGAUUUAUAUACUGAAGGCUAAGAAGUUCACGAUUGAUGAUUAUAUUGUGGCCCUGACGAUGCCCGUCUGCAUCGCCCACUCCGUCCUCAUGGCGAUUGCGACAUAUAACGGAAUGGGCUUACAUAUAUGGCAAUACGACUCAGAACUCAAUUCGCGAUAUUACCUGUGGGUCGGGAUCACUUCCGAGUUUUACGCACUCGGCUUGUGCGGCUUCAAAUGCGCGCUACUCUUCAUGUACCUUCAACUAUUUGGCGUAUACACGAAGUUCAGAUGGACUUGCUACGGCACUCUGUUCUUCUGUAUGAGCUACCUCUUCUGCAACAUGAUGACCGAGUUUCUCGGUUGCCAUCCGAUCAGAAAAAAGUGGCAGCCGGACAUUCCGGGGGAGUGCAUCAAUAGUACCAUCACAGCUACCUUCUACGGGGCUUGUAACAUGGCUAGUGAUCUAGUCAUCGCCAUCCUACCUCUUACGAUGAUAUGGAAAUUACAAGUGGCGACUACACGACAGAAAAUCGGGUUGAGUUUGGUCCUGAGCUGUGGUUUUAUUUCCUGGGCGAUAGCUGUCGCUCGCUGGGGAAUCGCGACAUUUAACUUGGUUGGAACUACCGACCGACCGUGGUGGGCUGGUAUUAGCUUCACCUUGUCGAUUUUCGAAGUUCAAACAGGACUCAUCUGCGCCUGCGUCGCAACCCUAGCACCCCUCUGGAAGUUGGCCUGUUCGCAUGUCAGAGACUGGACGGGCUGGAGCAGCCAUCAGAGUACGAAAGUCAUGACCUGGCCGUCUUUCGUACGCAAACCUGACGAUAGCCAGUCUUCCGGCGACUCAAAAAAGCCCAGCGGAUAUUGGGCACGAGCAGCGAAUAAUACUAUCGGAGGCCAUGAUAACCCGGCUGGCCGGGGAAAACGCAUGUCAAGCCACGCCGAUACGACACUGAACGCUAGUCACGAUGACGAGUAUGGUCUAUUGGAAGUUUCUGACUGGCGCUCCCACGCGACGAGAGAAGAUAGGUCUCAACGGAGCGUGGAUGUAUGAACUGAAUGUAUAUUGAUGUACUUGAUUGCAAUUUCUUUGCUUUUGUUGUGGCUAACACAUAUAUAUACCCCAAUUAGCGAAUGAAAAUUUUGAUUUCACCUCACUAUAAGGCCUCACCGCAACUCCCGUCACGAAAUUCU